AUGGCGGGGCUGGGGCAGGGGCAGGGGGGUGCGGGGAAGCCGCCGCUGCUGGUGAAAAUCGUGAUGGCCGGGGAGUCCUGCGUGGGGAAGACCUCCAUCGUGCGGAGGUACACGGAGCCCGGCUCGCCGCCCGCCGGGGCUCCCACCUCCUCCUACUUGGCCACGAUCGGCAUUGAUUUUAAAGUAAAGCCAGUAACGUUUAAUGGUACAAGAGUGAAACUUCAAAUAUGGGAUACUGCUGGCCAGGAACGAUUCCAUACACUCAGUACUAGCUAUUUUCGUGGUGCACAAGGCUUUGUUCUUGUAUAUGACAUCACAAAUCUGGACAGUUUUCAAAGUAUAACAAGCUGGAUGAAAGACAUACAUGAGAAAACAGGUGAUGAAGUGGACAUAAUACUGUUGGGCAACAAGUGUGAUAAGGAGUCAGAACGUGUAGUUCCAAAACAGAAAGGAGAAAAGCUUGCUUGGGAACAUGGAAUACCCUUUUUUGAAACCAGUGCUAAAGAUAAUGUGAACAUUGAGGAUGCAUUCUCAGUCUUGACUAAGGAAAUACUGGAAAAGAAAUCCUGUGUAUUAUAUGACUUAGAUGUUGUGGCUCUAAAUGAAAGUAAGAAGAGAACCUGCUGUGCAUUCUGAAAUACUGUUUCUUAUUCCAUUUUCUCUUCAGAAAAUAUUAACUAUUGCAAAGGAACAUACAAGGUUUUAAAAGUGAGCCUGUAAUCCCAAAACACAGUAUUUAGGCAUCCUUUGUAUUACACAAACUUUGUUGCCAAAUGUUUUGAUACGUUUAUAUUAUAUUUUCGUAUUUUUAGUGUGAAGUUAAAACAGUUAUCUGACUUUGGAAUUAUUAGAUGCAUCACAGGAUGACUGCAUUUGCAUACAAAUGUUUGCAGAAAUGAAAUCUAAGUGUACUAAUUUUCUCUUAUUAAAAAAAAUUUA